GCUCGGAACUGUAUGGUUGCAUGCAUGUCGAUGCUUUCAAGAUGUGUACCUUACGGAUCAUUGGAUUCAUCGACCGCCUUGGGAUCUAAACGAAGAUUUACCAGAAACGUUACAAUCUGCAAGACGCCUCGGAAAAGGAGCACAUUUGGAAUUGUAAGCAACAAGAAUCGUAUACAACACGAUCAGAUCCACCAUCACGACAACUUCUAAUGCUCACCGAAGGAUUCGAAAAGUAUUUCAUUACUGUAAUAAUUCUACCACUCACCUGUCUUCCCACACGCGUUGAAGCUCCUGGCCGAAGAGGCAAAUGACCAUUGUGGAAUACACAUUGCAUUCGGAUCAUGAUUAUUGCCAUUUCGGUCAUCACCUCUCCGCGCUCCUUACUCAAGAAAUAAUCGGAAAUGCUUAGAUUUGAAAGAAAGAAGAAAGAACACAUAUGACGUUGCCACGAGUUUGGGAUUUGCUUACAUGGCCGGCAGCGACACAGUAACCUUAACUCGAAAUGCGAAGAAAGAUUAUUCGCCAUUCAUCUUAUUCUUUUUGCGUGCCAAUCUUUCUUCUCAUGACGGCUUAUGUUGCUUGGUAGGUAUUGAGGCUGGAGAUAGACUGUAGAUGUGGCUGACGACUGAAAGCUGUUUGAAAAUGAUGUUUACAAUGACAUAAGAUUUUUCAUGGCUAUAAUACGAAAUCCUACUCAAAGCCAAGCAAUGUUAGUUGGCCGUAAGUCUCGAGUGACUGUACCUCUAUGCUUUCAAUGUGCGAAAUAAUACUUGUUGUAGUAUACUCGGGGCGUUUGUCUCAAGCGCCUUAUGGUCGAAGAGAUUAUCAAUUUG